AUGGGUGGAUUUUAUAAUGGACAUGCGCACGACGAGAUGGUGGAAGGCUAUUCCGUAUCGGACGUUAUUGUGUUGGUGGUUGUUGUUAUGGUGGUUUUGGCUACCGGGUGUUAUUUGUUCCAACAGUUGAAGCGCCAUUGCGGGAAGUACAUUCAGAGGGAGGUGAAGAGGGAAGUUGAGGCUGUGCUCUCCGGGAGACAACCG